AUGUCGGCGGUGAGCAAGGCGCUGAGCCCGCCCGCUCUGUGCCGUUUCCACGGGGCCAUGGCCGGCGCGCUCUUGGGGGACUGUAUCGGCGGCGAGUUCGAGGGUAAGGAGCUCGUUCGGCUGCAGGACGUGAUCGGAGCCGUCCGCGCCCUGGAGGAGCACAGGCAGGAGGAAGGUUCUUUAAUGUAUUCAGAUGACACAGCAAUGACGAGGUGUGUGGCGCAGUCGCUGAUCAUAAAACAAGACUUUGAUGAAAUUGAUAUGGCUAAAAGGUUUGCUGAAGAAUACAAAGAACAGCCGGACCGUGGGUAUGGAAAUGGUGUCAUUCGUGUAUUUAAGAAACUUCUAAAUCCAAACUGUAACGAUGUCUUUAAACCAGCAAGGGAACAGUUUAAAGGAAAGGGUUCUUACGGAAAUGGAGGUGCCAUGAGGAUUGCCCCAAUAGCACUGGCAUAUCCUGAUGUUCAGGAUGUUAAAAAGUUUGCAAAGAAAAAUGCUGAAGUGACGCAUGCUUCCUCACUGGGUUAUAACGGUGCUAUCUUGCAAGCCCUUGCUGUUCAUCACGCUCUACAAGGGGAGUUACAGAAGGACAGCUAUUUAGAUUAUCUCAUUGGAGAAAUGCAGUUGCUUGAGAAUGAUGAAAAAUCUCUGUCAGAUGCAAGAGACUUUCAAGAGUUCCCUUAUUGCAGUCGACUAAAGAAAAUGAAAGCAUUUUUAACCCGAAGAGAUGUUUCAAAGGAAGAGGUGGUUAAUGAAUUGGGGAAUGGAAUAGCCGCUUUUGAAUCUGUGCCAACUGCUAUUUAUUCCUUUUUGCGAUGCAUGGACCCUGAUCCUGAAAUUCCAGAAAACUACAAUGGACUUGAAAGGACAAUACUCUACAGCAUUUCACUAGGUGGAGACACUGAUACGAUUGCUACUAUGGCUGGAGCAAUUGCUGGGGCUUAUUAUGGAAAAGAUAAUAUCCCGCACUCUUGGUGGAAGAGCUGUGAAGCUUAUAAAGAUACAGAUUAUUUUGGGGAAAAACUGCGUGACUUGUACUGCAGUCGCCUCAUGUCCUCUCUAAAAACAGGAUAAAGUAAAUUAACUGGAAACUUAUUAUUGAAAAUAUAAAUAACAAAAUUGAAAAUGUUGCCAUGACAUAACGGGUCAUUUUGAAUUCAAUUAAUUCUUGAAACUUGCUCUGUUUUUUGUUAUCAAAACUGUUUGGCUGUUUCAAGGUAUCAGUGUUUUUAACUUUAAAUCGCUGAACUGAUUUAAAGAAGCUUCUAUUAUAAUUGUUUAAUAUCUUACCUGGUUCAACCCCGAGUGAGGAGUGAAUGAAUAGUACAAACUUUCUUAUUUAAACAGAACUUGUCUUAUGGUCUUGCCAAAUUAACGAUGUGACGAAUACUGGUAGCUUUCCUUUAUUUAUUCCUUGAGUCGUGCAGCUGUUGCAACAUUUUCAAGGAUAAAUUCAUGAAUGUACUAUCAUUAUUUAAAAUCUGUUUAGUCAAUAUAUUGGGUUAACAGACUGAAUAUGAUGACCCCACUGCUGAAUCUGAUCUUUCUAUUGUCUUUACUAAAUUGUUGCUGGUUGCUUGCUAGUUUCAUGUAGCUAUUCUGAAAUUGGGUGUCAUCUGAACUCAUCCAGAUGAGGGAAUGCAUUUUCUUGCAGAUCUAUUUGCUAAUAUGAUGUUAAAUCAAUAUUUUUUGUAGCAUUGCUUUGUAUCAUCCAUGCUGUGUUAAAUGGCAGCUGGACAAAGGACAGUUUGGGCCCUAAAUGUAACUGAAGUUCCAGUGGACUGCCUAGAAAUGCAGGGCAAACUUAGUGUGGCUGGUAAUAUUACUAAAUCUCUCAAACAAAUAAACUGAGCAAAUAUCCCACCAGUCCAUUCUGGUUUAAAAUCACCAGAGAUUUUGUUUAAUCACCCUGAUGAUUUUUCUUUUUAAGAUGUUAGUGAAUCCUAGAAUCCCUAAAGUGUGGAAGCAGGUCCUUUGGCCCAUCUGCCUUCAAAGAGCAUCCUACCCUAUCCCUGUAACCCUACAUUUCCCAUAGCCGAUCCACCUAACCUACACAUCUUCGGACUGGAGGAGGAAAUUGGAGUGACCGGAGGAUAUCCAUGCAGCCAUUAGGAGAACUCCACACAGAGGUGGAAUUGAUCUCGCGUCCCUGGUGCUGUGAGAUAGUGACUCAAUCAUUUUUGCAGUGCUGGAACUUUUCCUCCAGAGCUUUGCAUUUUACAGUACCUUCACAAGACUUCUAUUUUUUUCAAAUGUAUCUGUUCUAAAUUCAGCUUCAACACUACAACACACAAAGCAGACUACUGUGUUUGCUGGAAAUCUGAAACAAAGCAGAAUGGUGCAGGUAUUCAGCUGUCAAGGCAGCAUCUGUGGAUAGAAAGAGUUCAGAUUUCUCAUCAAUGACACUUCAUCAGAACCGAUUCUUCUAGGUAUCUUUUCUGAUCGGUAUCUUCACAGCUUCUGGUAUGGGAAUGAGGUUGAGGUUUGGUGUUGGUAAUUCAUGUUCUAAACAUUCUGCAUUUUGAAAUAGUGUGCUAACCACUCCACUUCAUUUUUUUUAAACGAUUUUAUUACUUGCCAACCAACAUUUUUUUUUCUGAUUUGAUUUCUCAAAGCUGUUCAUAAUCUAGAAUUUCAAAUUCCCUUUUCUCUGCUUUUUCUAUACUGUUGAAAAUGGCUCAGUUUCCUUAGAACUGCUCUGUAUUUAAACCAAUGAACCCUGGCAUCAUUUUUAUAUAUCAUUUCCAGAAAUUGCAUGUUCAAACAUGAACACAACAUUUAACUAACUAACCUAGAUUCUUAUAGGUUUAGUAAUCCCUCUUUAUAGUGAGCCCCUUCUUAUACACUAUUUUUAAAUGUUUUUUUUUAACCUUCCUUAACUGGAUGCACUUCAAAAGUUAGGAAAUCACUGGCUUUGCUGUGUACAUUAAAAUUUCAGAUUUAUUCUGUCAUCCAUGUGAAUAUGCAUAUGAUUUAGAGCUUCUAAUACUUUUCUCAAUUAUUGAAAUGAGUAUUGAAAUUAUUUGCAGAAGCAGAGCAGAACAUGAGUUUAUUGAAGAAGGAAGCACUAGAAUGAAAUGAUUUGUGGGAAGAAGUAUUGUGGUUUGCCAGUAUUCAAUAUCUCUUAGAUUUACUUCAGGCAAAUGAUUAAUUUCUUGCCAUGUGUUUUGUGCUUCAGAGACUUGCAUGCAACAUCUUAGCUAAUACUUCUCUGUUACAAGAAUAUGCCAACUGUUGUAGGUGGUGCCUUUUGGAAUGAGACAUUAGGCUGAGGCUUCAUCUGCCCUGUCAGAUGAACAAUAAAGAUCCCAGGACACUAAUUAAACAAGAACAUCACAUUCUCCAGUGUCUUAUUUAUUCCCCCAUCCGGCAACAAUAAAACAGAUUAUCUGGUCAUUACCUUAUUUCUCUUUGUGUGACCUUGCCAUAUACAAAUUUAUGCUGUGUUUAAUUCAUUACAACAGUAGCUGCAAUUCAGAAAUACUUCACUGGUUGUAAAGUGCUCUGAGAUGUCCUAGGGUCGUGUAAAGAAGUAUAUAAAGAUUGUAAAUACUUCAGAAGGCAGUUUGCUUGCCCAAAACAGGCUUGAAGGUCUGAAAUUAUUUCUGUAUAAAGUCGAGAAUAGUAGAGUGAUGACAAUAGGUAUAGGUUUAGUGUGGUGCCAUUGUCUACUUUGUGUUUUUAAAUUCUUAAAAAAAGUUAUGUAGGAAAGUCCAUCUCCAGUGAGCAAUAACUCAAAACUGGAGUUUGAAUAUUAAAAUGUAUUUCUAAUGUGGUUGAUCAUUUGUGAUUAUGAGCUCAAACAUUUAUUUCAUCGUAACUGUAUAUAACAAUAAGGAAAUAUUGUUGGUUUCUCUUUGAAAUGUUUCAGAGUAAUAAAAGUUUUUUUUAAAA